CUCAAAGAGAGCAAGUCAGACACAGGGUAGCCGGAGAAUGGGGAAGCUCUUUGCACAGGGCAGGCGGACAACUAGACACUUCACGUGUGGACUUACGUACUCAGUAGGAAAUGGCUGCUCUAACUACGAGAUUACCGGAGCUGAACAUCACAGACGCUUACAGUGACCAAAACUCCACAAAUGAAAUGCAGUGCAUUGAUUUCAGGGAUUGGUAUUGGCUCACCCGCCACCAGCCAGUCUACUUGCUCAUCAUCACGACGCUGGGAAUCGUGUUAAACGCCUUUGUGCUGCUGGUCUUCUGCCUCCACAAGAAGGCGUGCACGGUAGCCGAAAUCUACCUCAGCAACCUGGCGGCCGCCGACCUUGUCCUGGUGUCUUGGCUGGCCUUCUGGGCCGCCAUCAUGGAAAAGCCUUUAAAUUGGGAUUUUACUGUGGCCCUUCGCGGAGUGGUCAAACUAGGCAUGAAGAUAAACGCUUACUGCAGCAUCUACUUCCUUGUCCUGGUUAGCAUUGAUCGCUACCUGGCGCUAGUGCAUCCGAUGUCCUACGGGCGAAUGCGUCGUCCCAAGUAUGCCAAACUGGGAUGUUUGCUGGUGUGGGGCUUGGGCUUGUUACUGAGCGCUUCAAUGCUGAUUUUGUGGGCGGUAUCUCGGGGCGAAAUGGUAGAGCUGGUCUGGGACGGGAUGCUGAUCACCUUUGGCUUCAUCAUCCCAAUUUCCAUCAAUACAUUCUGCACCAUCACAAUCAUCCGGGCGCUAAAGAAACAGUCACUUGCGAGGUCCAAUGCUCAGAAGAGUGAGCAGAAGGCCACCACGCUGGUGCUGGUCGUCCUCGUAACCUUCCUCAUCUGCUGGGUGCCUUUUCACUUCAUGACCGCAAUAAAUUUGCUCUAUAGAACAGAAAUGUUGGUAGGAUGUGACCUCAUAAAAUUUGUUGAUAUUUUCACCCCGAUAAUUACCGACCUGGCCUUUUUCAACAGCGUCGUCAAUCCUAUCUUGUAUGUCGUUGUUGGGAAAAAUUUCCGGAAAAAGGUUCAAGAAGUCUGCAAACAGUGUGGCGUCAGCACGGUGACGACCACGUCUACUCGUUCGAACACUUCCGCACCACUGAAUACUUUCAUGUAAGGGUGGUUUCAGGUACAUGUAGGUCUCCUUAAAUCCCUCAGGGGGAUAUUCCAGAAUGACAUUCCAAAACAGAUACUCAUCUCAGCCAUGAAGCAUUUUGGCAUUCAAAGAACCACAGAGGAGGAACGCAAUCUUACCAAUCUAGUACAAAGUGCUAAACAAUAUUAUCUAUUAAAAGAUGUCCAAUUUUAGCAAGCUGACAGGCACAGCAACAUUUCUGUUCCAUGUUUUGGCAGUCACUUGUUGCUAGGCAGAAUCUAUGAGGCGGUUUUUUGUUGUUGUUUGUUUUUUAAGAAUGAGCAAAGAAAGCUCACCACGAUGUUUCUUUGACAGCAGUGAAAGGACAACAUAUAAAAAAUAUCAAAAUAAACAUGACACAUUUUGCAUGUGAUAACUAUCUUAAAUCUACAUUAAGCACAUAUCAGAUUACACAGUCAUGGCUAGUGACUUAGAUAUUUCUCUUUUAGCAAUGUUUUCUUUUUAC